AGUGGCGCGUUUGUCCGCAACAGUUGAAGUGAGAGAUCAUUGAGCCUGUGUGACGGAUCUGUGGACUGUGUGAGGGACCUGCCCCCAGACAUUUGCAGUACAGUAGCCUGCUGAUUUGCUCGCUCAGACUCCAGUGCCAUAGAAACUCGGUUCCUGAGUGCAGUGAACGCUCAUUCGGUCGAGGAGCCGGCAAAGGGAGAGGAUCAAGAGAAAUAAAGAAGAAAAAGGAAAGAACAGAUAAGACAGAGAAGGAUAGAGAGGAAAAAGAACAUAGGGCGUGAAGUGUGUGGAAAGGAAGAGAAAAGUGGAGAACACUGUCAACGACCCAGCCUUCGGGCUCCUGCGUGCCGUGCUCGUGGUGUGUGGCCUUGCCCUGCUGGGCCUGCUCGCCCUCGCCUCCUGGAAGCUGUGCCUGGUGCCGUGGCGAAGCAAGACGCUGCUCUCCAGCCCGGCCGGCCCCCCCGCGCAGCCCCGCCCCCUCCGGUCAGCGUCUCUGUCACCGUCGCCGACGCCCGGCCCCCAGCAGCAGCAUCUGCUGCCGCUACCCCCGCCGUCGUCGCCGGCCGCCGUCGCCAUGGCAACGGAGAAGGGGAAGGACCACCCCUUGGGGUCCAUGGGUUUCCUGGAGGCGGCGGUGAAGAUCAGCCACACGUCGCCGGACAUCCCCACCGACGUGCAGCUGUCCAUGCGCGAGCACUUCCUGCGGCGCACGCAGCGCAUGACGCGGCAGGCCACUGAGCCCGCCUCCUCCACCAGGCACAACUCCUUCAAGAGGCACCUGCCCAGACAGAUGCAGGUGGGCAGCCUGGACCUGGGCAAUGACUACAUGCCGGACCUGGACGAGAAGUCCACCAGCAUCGGCCGCAUCAAGCCAGAGCUGUACAAGCAGAAGACCCUGGAGGCGGAGGAGUCCGACAAGUACACGGGCAUCAACUGCGGCCGCAUCAACUUCUCCCUCAAGUACGACUACGAGAACGAGGCGCUGCUGGUGAACAUCCUGCGCGCGCUGGACCUGCCCGCCAAGGACCUGUGCGGCAGCUCCGACCCCUACGUCAAGGUGUACCUGCUGCCCGACCGCAAGAAGUUCCAGACACGCGUCCACCGCAAGACGCUCAACCCCACGUUCAACGAGAGCUUCCAGUUCCCCGUGCCCUACGACGAGCUGGCCAUCAGGAAGCUCCACAUGAGCGUCUUUGACUUUGACCGCUUCUCCCGCCACGACAUGAUCGGAGAGGUGGUGCUGGAAAACCUGUUGGAGACGUCUGACCUGUCCCGGGAGACGGCGAUGUGGAGGGACAUCGAAUACUGCACCACUGAGAAUGUGGACCUAGGUGAGAUCAUGUUCUCCCUGUGCUACCUGCCCACUGCGGGGCGUCUCACCCUCACAGUCAUCAAGUGCAGGAACCUCAAGGCCAUGGACAUCACCGGCUACUCAGAUCCUUACGUCAAGGUGUCGCUGAUCUGCGACGGCAAGCGCCUGAAGAAGAAGAAGACGACCAUCAAGAAGAACACUCUGAACCCCACCUACAACGAGGCCAUCAUCUUCGACAUCCCCCCCGACAGCAUGGACCACGUCUGCCUGCACAUCUCCGUCAUGGAUUACGACUUGGUAGGUCAUAAUGAGAUCAUCGGUGUGAUGCGUGCUGGAUGCAGCGCUGAGGGACUUGGCCGGGACCACUGGAACGAGAUGCUGGCGUAUCCGCGCAAGCCCAUUGCUCACUGGCACCACCUGCUGGAGUCCAAGAAGUCGGAGAAAGAGUGGAAGGCGAGGACGGCGAGCUUCGACAGCCAGGGCUCCUGCCCUUCACCCAGACCCCCCGCCAGUCCCUGAACCCCCACCACCACCUGGGACCCAGACCCAGAGCCAGAUCACGACGGCUCCCUCCUGCUGAUCCCACUUCCCCCUCUACCUGGAGAGAAAAGACCAACACCACCCCCCUCGCACCGACACCCUACCCAACCCUCCCUCUACUCGCCCGCGGUCCCCCUGGUCUUCCCACUGACUGAUGUUCUAGGCGGGGGGAUCUGGCGUCUUGUCGCUGGGUUCGUAGCUGGAACAUGGACACGCCGCUUUCAGGGGGGCAGACGACACCGGAGAAAGACGAGCUGAUGUAACUCUUUGUGGUGUUGAUGUGGUGUUUGAACAGCCUCCCUCUUCGUCUGUCCUCUCCGGAGGGGAGUUUUCUGACUUCCAGUCGUCCAGACGUUGUCCGUAGAUCGUGUGCGUUACCACCUCCAUGCGGAGGGAAGAAUGGGAAUAGCAUCCCAGUGUGCUCCCUUGUCCACGCUGCACGUUGAACAUUAAUCUGGGAGCAGUGAAGACGUUGUUUCGAUGGAGGAUACCCUUGAGCCUACCGUCCCCCGUCUCCCACCUUAGGGGAGCCAAGGGGGGGAAUGGGUGUUGGCCAGCCUAGGAGAGAGAGGUACUUUCAAGGAAGCCUUGAGAACAUUUUCUUUGAAAAACAGUUUUCUCGCUUGUGGAUAUUUCUCAGUACUCUAAUAGCACACUUCAAUUCUCCUCUUAUUAAUAUGGCCCAGGCAAAUUAUAACUCAACUGAAACUAAAAAGUACACAAACAAAGGGUUUUCAAACAAACCGAGGGAGAAAAUAUAGACAAAAAACAACUGUUAAACAUAAUUUCUUUCCAGUUUCUUUAGUAAAGUAAGCAACUCUGCCAGGCUUUGCUCACAUAACAGCUUAACAUAUAAUAACAAUAAUUAUUACUAAAUUAUUAAGAAAGAACUAAGGGGUAUUUUAUGCACCUUAAAUUAACCGGUGUUUAACUACAACAAUUUGAAAUGACUUUACUUUUCUUGCAUACCCUUCCCUCAUUCAAAAAGUAGCAUAAUUUACCUGUAGCAUAGCGUAGACGUAGCUAAACCUACCAUAGCACAUACAAAACAAGACCAAUAAACGAAUGGCAGAGCACCAACACACAAACGUGCUUCACUUACGUUUAAAUAUGCGACCCAAAUAUGCUGCAAAAAAAGUCACAUACAAAAUCAUUAAAAAACACAGCCACCGUUUCAUCAUUGUCAAAAUGAUUAUGUAUGCGUACAGCAUAUUUCCAAGGGAGUCAUUCCCGACCCCCCAGGGCUUCGCUCCACAGAGAAGAACGCUACACACCCUUACCUCCGCCUGGUGUUAUCAUGUUUGUUAUGAAGGUCCUCACAGAAGACAACAUGGUGUUGUUGUGGGGGGACUGGGGAGUCAAACACACUGCACUUCUUUGUCAAUUGCUUAUCGUUUCUAUGUACAGAUUAACGGUGUGUAUAGUUAUAUGAUGUGUGUGUGUGCUUCUAUGUAUGUGUGUGUGUGUGUGUGUGUGUGUGUGUCUGUGUGUGUGUGUGUGUGUGUGUGUGUGUGUGUGUGUGUGUGUGUGUGUGUGUGUGUGUGUGUGUGUGUGUGUGUGUGUGUGUGUGUGUGUGUUUAUGACUGUACAUUUUAUGCUUGUGACAGAAAUUCACAAAUAGAAAAGAGAAGAGAACAUUAACUAUUUUUAGUGUUUGUAGCCAUGCUGAUAACCUGAGAACCCACAAGUCUUUUAUCUUGUUUUGAACUGAAUAAUGUGUCCGGGUGUGAAGAUUAAACAUAUAUAUAAUUGCCAUUGAGAGGUCACAAGCUACCAUAUGGUCUAAUAUUUGCUGUAAGUUUUAAUAUCUAGGAUAAACAUUGCUCAAUUUACCGACAUGUUAUGUUAUUUUAGCACAAAAUCUUUAGACUAGUAAGACUUUGUUUAUCAAGUUAAGUUACACUUGUAUUUGUGGUUAGAUACAAAUACAUAUCUAUCUAUCUAUCUAUAUAUAUUUGUUAUAUUUGUUGUUAACAUCUGGACUUUUUUGUUGUUGUUGUUGUUGUUGUUGUUGUAGUAGGAUUGCACACAUUUCAAUGAACUCAGGCUUGGAUAUUUUUGCCUAGAAGAGUUUAAAAAGGCACUUGUUAGAAACCAAUUGCCAAAAAACAGCGAGCAACUAAUUCAAUAUGUAUGUAUGUAUGCAUGGGGCAUUCAGACUCCCUGCGGAAACAUAUUUAGUGUUGAGUUAUCGAAAGGCAAUGAAAGGGUUAAAGAUUUUCUCAACAGAAAAAUCAGGAAUAGUAAUUCAGCAUCUCAUAGUAACCGAAGCAUAGCGAGCCGUAUCGUAAAUCUCAUCCACUUGUUUAGGUAGACCAACGUGGGAGCCAACAAUGGUCUGAUUCAGUAAGCAGACCUACAAAAGACGGGAGGUAGUUUUACCUCUUUCUUUAGUGAGUGCAGUGGUACUCACGAGUACAGAGAACAGUGCUUCUGGAGGAACAUGUGGCCUAAUUGGUGCUUGUUAUGCCUAGAAGGUCCGUCAACAUAUUAUUGUUUUUGCUUGGCACAAUUCCUCAAUCCCCCACUCCACACCCCUUUCUGAAAAUGUGACUGUUUGAAAUGUUUGUCUCACACUCUUCAUUGUGGACUAUUGGUGGACUUUCUCAGAAAUAAUGGCAUUGGUAAUAUAUUUUCUACACAGAAUAUUUUAGUGUAAUAUUGGAAGCAAGUGGUUAAAAAAAAGAAGUUGUUUCUUUUCUAAGAUGUAAUUUAUGAUGGUCAUAUGUUUCUCUGAACAUGUGCUGUGUUUCCAUAGUAGAAUAUAUACCUGUUAAUUCAAUUCGCCUUAAUUUAUGGACUGUUUUAAGACCUACAAGCUUUGGCUAAGAUCUGUAGUGUUCCUUAAGGUCUUGUAAUCCUUCCAACCAUUAUGGAAAGUAAUGACUUUCCAAUUUUAUAUUGAACAAUUUGUACUUGUACUACACAUGUUUGAGUAAAUGUCCUUUUGAUUGAAACCAAAAGAUUUGACCCUAUAGUUCAGAAAAACAAAUAUAUUUUCAGUUUUCCUUAGACAUCCCAGAUCGUUAUGAUGACUCAUGAUAAUAUGUGAUUACAUCAAAUUAAAUAAAUCUUGAAUAUAUUCAUG